AUGGUUUGUUUGGCCAUGGAGUCGCUCUUGCGUGACCCAACUCCAAUGAUGAUCGAGCGCAAUUGCGACGCUGCGAAACAGUUUGAAGACGAGCUUCAGAAGCUGCUGCCGAACCUCAAAUGCGGUGGUCAAGACGGUGUCACGGUGCCUGAUCUGUAUAACAUGCAGUCGGGAAUACGCGACUACUGGGCGCUGACCACUCUUUGGGGCGCUCGUCCUGAUGACAAGUUUUCCUUGUUGCACGAUGCUCCACAAGCGCUUGAUCGGAUCAAGAGCUAUCACUUUGCUCCCGGCACUGAGUACUCGUACUCCAACGUAAACUUCCACGUACUUGGCCGAAUCAUGGAGAACGUGUCAGGACUUUCCCUGGCUCAAUUGCUUACGCAGAGAUUAUUCAUCCCUGCAGGAAUGAAGACAGCCAGUCUUUGCGCAAACACAAACGGAUUGCCCCUACCAAUUGUCGGCUACGAAGGAAACGACAAGGUAGGAUAUUUUGCCGCAACCAAUCGUAUCGAGUGGGGUGGUGAUGCUGGCAUCGCUGCCUCACUCGAAGACAUGAUCGCCUAUGAGAUCUAUCUAGAUCGCAGCCUGUCAGAUGGUACAGGCCUGUACGCACAAACCUCCAAGGAGCAAAAAUUUCGCGAUGGCACGCCAGCUGGCUACGGAUACGGACUCAAGCGAUUCAAGGUCGCUGGCCAGUCCGGAAUUGGACAUGGCGGCGCACUUCGCGGCUUCCGACACUUGAGAGUGCACAUCCCAUCAGAGCGCCUCUCUGUGGUUGCCAUGCACAAUUUCGAGACUUCGCCAGCUGUUCCUCUCGAGUUUAUCGUAAAGAAAGUUUGUGAUGCUCAAGAGCCCGAACCUCAGACGAUCAACGUGCCUGCUGCUUGGAAAGGGCACUUCUUUGACGAAGAAACUCAGCUCUAUGUCGCAGUCGAAGAAGGCAACAGAGAGAAGCCCGGAACUAUUUCAGUCAGCUAUGGCCCUGGCACUGCAGGCGAAAUCGCUAGACUCGUUUCGGAGACUGAAGCAAAGUCAGAUGGCAUGAAGUUAACCCUCGAUGGAGAUGUCCUUCACGUCGAACGAAACGACGAUAACAGAAUUCUGAAGGCUGUACGACUGCCACACGUGGACAAGAAAGAUCUUGGUCAGACGUCCAGCGCGGGUGUUGUCGGAGUGUACAGAAGCAAGGAAAGUGACAGUGUUUUCACAGUGUCCGGAGAGCGUGGCAGGCUGUACGGCUCUUUCGAUGGCUUCCUCGGACGUGGACCUAUCUGGAUGAUGCGACAGAUUGGCACGCAGCAGAUCUGGGUUUUGGGUAACCCACGAGGUCUUGAUUCAACUCCGCCAGGUGAUUGGACUGUGGUUUUCAAGGACGAAAAGGAUGGCAUGUACAACAAAGUAACGGUUGGCUGCUGGCUGGCUCGCAAGGUUGAAUAUGUGAGGGAAGAGUAG